UUUGAAAUCUUUGACUUUGCAGCAAUGUUGCAGAAACUCUGAUAUCCUGCAUGCUCUGCUCUGUAGAAAUCUUUUAGCCCUCAGUCCCUGGGCUGCCCUUGGAUGCAGACCCACCAGCACAGUGCUGAUUAUUACUUCUAUGUUCCUGCUAAUUCCACAUUUUCAUGUCCUGACCAUUUGUUUUUUCCCCUUUCUGAUUAUCCUCUACUUAGAGGAACUAGUAAAUAGUUUCUUCUGUCUGUUGUCACUCUCUCGGUGUGUUUUCAGAAGCGGAUCUUCCCCACGGCUAUUCCUUGCCACAGAUGUGUUUUUACAAUUACUUUCUCAAGUGAUGACAGAACUAAGACUUUGAAGGCUGGGGUAUUCCAGUCAGCCUCCUGUCUAUAAGUGUGCUCCUAGCUACAAGUGACACACUUGGGGACCCUGAGGAAGUCAUGAGCAAUCUACUUUCUCCUAACUCGCGCCACUUAUGACUGUACACGGUACCGUUAACAGCUUCCUGAAGUGUCUAGAGAGCAGCCUGUGAGUACAGCACGAGUUGGAGCACUUGUAUCUUCUCCUUUACAAAAGCCAGAGAAAAAAGAAGAGGAAACCCCCCUGCAUGUCUGGAGACCUGAGCAGAGACAAGUGAGGCUCAGAACCGGGGCUGGAUGCAGUGGCCAGGGCCAGAGGACCUUUCCUUGGACAAGGCAGAGAGCCAGGAGAAGGAAACACCAGCUGGAAAAAGAAUAAUGGAAAAUUGUACAGACACAAAUAACAGCUCCACUUGCACAGGGAUUCCCUACGAAGACAGCAAGACACUUCUGGUUGCUGUUUACAGCAUCGUUUUUGCCAUAGGCCUUCCAGCAAAUUGCUUAACUUCCGUGCUCACGUUUCUACAAAUCCAAAGGAAUAAAGUAAUUGCCAUCUACAUUUUCAGUUUAUCAUUGUGUGAGCUGAUGUAUUUAAGUACCUUGCCUCUCUGGAUUAUCUACGUGCAAAAUGACCACCACUGGAAUAUGGGUGUAAAGGCUUGCAGAAUAACAGGAUUCAUCUUUUUCUGCAACAUAUACAUCAGCAUUCUGCUUUUGUGCUGCAUUUCUGUGGAUCGUUACGUGGCGCUGGCGUAUGCUUUGGAAUCAAGGGGGAGAAGAGGACAGAAAAAGGCAAUCAUAAUAGUGUGUCUUCUCUUUGCUGUGGUUGCAGUAAUCCACAGUCCAGUAUUUUCCAUGGAAGAUGAUUCAGAACAUACCAAUAAGAAGACCUGCUUUGAGGCUUUGCCCCUUGACAUAAAACUGGCUAUUUUCGGCUUUGCCAGAUUCCUAUUUGGAUUUGCCAUACCUUUCGCAAUCCUCAUUUUCACAAACUACAAAAUUUUCCAAAGUGCGAAAACAAGCAGCAGUUUGACUUGCCGUCAAAAAACCAAAGUGAAGUAUCUGGCGAUCACCAUUAUUGUAAUUUUCCUGAUUUGCUUUGCUCCCUACCAUGUGGUACUCAUAAUAAGAUCCAUAUACUUUAUGUUUCAUCAGAAUUCCUCAUGUCCAUUUGAAAAAGAUAUAUAUUCAAUUUUUACAGUGUUUCUGUGUUUAGCCACUGCGAACAGUAUUGCCGAUCCAAUCAUCUAUGUGCUGGUUAGUGAAAACGUCAGAAAAGAUUUUUAUAGGACUCUGAGAAGAUGGAGGUUGAACCCAUGCAGCCCGAAUUCAUCCAUUAAUCACAAGACUGACAGCAUAAAAUUGAAAAUGUCAAAAGAAUCACAGGAAGGAGGGCUAAGAGAAGAAAACAAAGAAAUACCAGAUGCAUCUGACAUUCAAAAGACCUGUAAGAAUAGCAAAGACCAAGAAGGUGGCAGCUAACAGUGAGCUCCUGAUGCAAAUAAGAAGUUCCCAACACCAUGUGGGGGCUGCAGGCUGCAGCACACAAGUGUUUGCUUGCUGACAUCUGUAGGAAGUUUUGUCACAGGGCCAGCAACUCCUUGAGGACACUACGUGAGCGAUAUUUCUUGCUUCUGUUUGUCUCCUACGACAAAGUUUGCCCACCAGUAUCACUGGUGAAAAUAUUGCUUUGCUAAGGACAUGUGGAAUAAAGAAGGUAAUUUGAUUCAAAUUGAAAUCUUAAAAGCUUAUUUUUUAGACUAGCUCUUUUUCUCUUUUCAGUUCAGAACCAGUUUUAUCUUCUGAGCUAGACAAAAAAAAAAAUAAACCCUGAUGAGGAGAGCAGCCCAGGAUCCAUUCUUAAGGUUGGAAUUAUUUGUCCUUGUGGAGGUACAUGUUCAGAUUCUUACACAUGUACUUCUCUUAACGGUUGUGGUUAACAAGUGAAAAAUACAAAAAAUGAGGAAGUCUUUCAACAAGAGGUUUGAAAAUGUUCCUAAUAGUUCAGUAUGCAGCUCUAUCCACCUUGCACAUCAUGGGGAGAAUUAAAGGGCACAGAAGUGGCUUGAUAACACAGAGCAGCAGUACUUCUACUGUAUUAGUCCAGAUCCCAAACUGUCCUGGAAUUCUUAAAAUAUACAAUUCUAACACUUAAUAUUUUCCAGUUAGUAGAUUUUACUUAUUUUGCAGUUAAAUCUGAAACGCACUGAAAUAUAUAAAAUAUUUAUACGUUUCCAAGUGGUGUCAUGGACUGGCUUUAUGCCAUCUCCAAACGUGUGUUGAACUUGUGUUUCAUUUCUGAUGAAGCUAACGCUUCUCUUUUGUUAUCGAUCCAUGUUUUGGUGUGUAUGAGCCUGCACAAGCGCUGAGCGCCUCACAGACAAGGAAGGGCUGGUGGCACAGAGAACGCAGCCCCUUCUGCCCAUAGACGGGACCUCCCUGGGACAUGCUGGUGGUGACACAUGGGACUAUGGUGGGACAGAUUUCAUUGUUGCUGCUGCCACUUCCACUAUGAAUAAAUUAUUGAUGGUAGUUUCCUGUGCCUUUAAACCAGAAUUUAAAAAAAAAAGAAAAACAAACAACAAACCAACACGAUACAAAUCUGGCGAGAUUUAUUUAAACAGCUUCUUCAUAUUUUUAUGUGAUCGAAGUAAAACAGACAAAGAUAAUGAACCAGCUGUGUGUUUAUUUGAGUACGAAUUUGUGAAGUGUUUCACACUGUCAUUCUACUUCAUCUGUAAUGAUGUACUUCUGUAAUAUUUUUAGAUUGUCAUUAUUAAUUUUGACAUUUCUGAAUGGAAUUACCAUUAGCCAAUGUUAAUGUAAAUACAACCUUAUUAAUGUUUUCAAAUUGUCAUAAGUAUUUCUAUAUAUUAUGCUUUAUUCUUAUACACGUUUGCAAAAAAAGCAUUGUGCCAAAAUGGCAUUUCCUCAAGUUACUGUAUUUAUGACAUAUUUAAUUUUUGUAUUAUUUAAUGACUCCUCUGGCAUCUACCUACAAGAGGCUUGUGUCCUCAAAAGUAGUUCACAUAAUACUGAAUUGAAUAGGAGACUGUUUAUUGGCAAAAAUGUGACAUUUUCUUGUGAUGCUAAUUAACAAACUGUGGUUCUGUAUUUUCAUAUGCAUCCCAGAGAUCAAACGCUCUAAGGUAUCAAGGAGACAUCUGCAAAGGGCUGAAUAUCUAUAUCUUUGCUGAAAAUCAAACUUUCCAUUACUAAAUCAGCAGCAGGCGUUGCUCGUAACAGCCCAGUCAGCCAGGGUACUGGUGAUUAAUCUCUGAAGACACAUAUGCAAACUGCCCCAACCUCAGGAUUUUCAUAGUCUAAAUGUAGAACUCGGGUGAAUAAUAUCAGUGAAUUUAGACUUCUGUGAGUUCAGUGAAUUUACAGACUUCUGAGCUGGCUUUUUCCUCUGAUAAAAUGUGUCUUUAGAGCAACCAAUAUUGGAGCCCAGUGCCGAAGGUGCAGGGAACAGAGAUUAGAAGGGUCUGGUGCAACAUCUAUAAUUCUUUUGCCUUGCCUAAUCUACACGCUCUUCUAAAUUACUAUAUCGUUAUGCAUCUUCUUUUAAUGAAAACCUUUGGAGCUUCUUUGUUCAGAGGCACUCUGAAAUAAAAGCCUUGGGGGUGACAAGGCACUGCACAGCCUGACCUAACUUUGAAGAUGACCUAGAUGAUUUCCAGAGUGCUUUCCAUACUAAAAUAUUCUGCGACAGGUUACUGAAGGGAUUAGGAGCCAGGUACCAAGCAAUGUAUCCACACAGGAAAAAUGCACAUCCUGACUUCUAUGGAUAAAUGAAAAAGCAGCUUUAUGUCUGAGAGAGGACAUCAAGAAAGCAUGCAGGGACAGGAGUUGGACUCGAUGAUCCUUGUGGGUCCCUUCCAACUCAGGACAUUAUAUAUAUAUAUAUAGAUAUCCUGCUCUAUAUAAAUGCCUUUUAUGAGUUGUUAAAAUAUCCCAUCAGAUCAAUCGACUGUUUCUCAUCCAAAAAACUGAAGCAUGUGAUGUUUUGUUACUCAGUAGCUGAAUGUGCCAUAUGGGCAAAGGAAGGGUGUCUGCACUAGAGCACUUGCUAGAGACAUAGCAAAGGACACUGCUCAGGUCAGAGCAGAUUUGAGGGGUGGAUAGACCGAUUUUGUGGGUCUCUCCAUCCCUUCCUCCUGCAAGGACAGUACCAGUGAGCCCGCAGGGACUGCUUCGUGCUGUAAAGAACAGCUACAUCAGAUCUGCAGUUCUCAGCCCAGUCGUUUUGCUCUGUUCCCUGACUUUUUCAACCCAGCUUAAGCUAUAAAAUGACUUGGAGAGAACACAGGGGCCAUGCUUCCCAGUCUGAUCUCUAGACGGCCAGGUCUACACAGGGAUGGCUCAGAGUGGCUAAGUCGCUCACCAGUGUAACAGGGGCGAGACUCAAAAAUUUCACUCUCCUCUGUAUUCAGUAUUUGCUCAGGUGUAACUUCCAUAAUUUGAUUUAAAGAAGAGUGGGCUAUUUAAUAAAUAAAACAUUGUUUUAUUUUUACAAGUGUCUCAGACAUUCAUAAUAUACCUGGGAGAUAAGUGGGUUGCAGAUUAUUUCAAGCAUGACUGUGAAGCAUGAAGUGAAUGAUUUCUGGCUAUGAACUAGAACUGGCCAAACUAGUUUUUGCAGACAAUAUAUCUGAUUUGUUUGUUUAUUCAUCAAUUUUAAGUCAUUUCUAAAGACUACAUUUUUAAGUAAUUGUUUAGGGUAACUCAUAAAACUCUAAUCCUGUCUAGGAAAUGCUUUCAUGUUUAGUAUUAGAUUUUUCUUUAAGAGGAUAGUUCUACAAAACAGGCAAAACCAGAUACGAAUGAACUCAGACUCUCUAUGUGUGACAAAGUUUCAUCUGCAGUUGGCAACCUGGUAGCUGGUCCGAUUUAGUCCCUACUGUCAUGUAGAAACAACCCAAUGUCGAACUUCUGUUGGGAAGUGAGUAAUGAAACUCAACUCAGAACCAGGUUGUCAACAACAUCCACAAGCUUUUCUUUGUAAGCAUGUUGUCCUACAGGUCACACUGUGGAACAGAUGUUUUAGGAAACAUCCUCUAGAUAGUGAAAUGACACUGAAGUUUCCUCAUAGGUUGGAAUGCCUGUCCUAUUUUCAAACCAGCACAAACU